CUUCUUCACAACCCUGCCUUGGCUACCAGGCCUGACAAGUGACUGUGUGCUGCCUCGCUUGGGCCGCGUGCCCUGGUGCCCUGCGUCCGCUGGAAAGCUGAGCGUCACCACCAGGAGCACCUGCUGGGAGCCAUGGAGUCCCAGGAGAAGAGGGCAGAGGAUUUGGAAAAGGCAAAUCUUGCUAAACAACUGCUGGCAGAAACAUUUCAGAGGGAAGGACUGGAUGAAGAAUACUGGCUCCCCAAGCUGUUGAAGAUAUUAGGUGUGAAAUCAAAAGAAGCUUUGAAACAUCUGCAAUAUGAAGACUAUCUGAAGCUGGAGAGUGAGGUACGGUACCCCUGGGAGAAAACGGCACUCCGAAAGCUUCUUCAAAUUACAGACAACAAAGCAACUGCUGAGGAGCUGCAGAAGCAGCGCCUGGAGAUGAUGAAGCAGAGGCAAGAAGAAACUAAACAAGCCCUUCAGGAGCUGAAAGAUAUGCAUCAGAGCCACAUCCAAAGCAAUGAGAUGAUAACACAGAAAGAGGAGGCACUAUGGCAAGCCAUGGACAUUCCCAGGGAGUACUGGCCACCACCAGAGAAGGCCUUGGCAGAUGUGCUUGCAAGCAUCCAGAAGCAACUGGAGCAGCAGGAGAUGUCCUUGGGCAGGAGUGAGAAUGUCUCUGAUGAGGAGGUCCUGAGACGGGCAUCAGGAGGCCUGGCUCUGCAGGGCAUUUACCAAACCAACAGCCUGGCAGAUGUGCUGGCAAAACGAGAGCAGCUCAUCAGAGUCCCCACGGGUUUCAAGCUUGCUGGCCCGGAGCAAGGGUCACUUCUUGAGAAGAAGGAGUUCUCCUCCUCGGCAGCAGAAGCCAAUUUCACCAAGUCCAUGGAGCAGCUGGGCUUCAGCCUAAGCGUUUCUGCCAAAGCCGGGUUCUGGGGGUUCAGUGUUGAAGGAGGUGAAGAUUACAGCAACUCCUCACGCAAGGAAGACACUCACCACUCACAUUCAGAGCAGACAUAUAUUUGUACCACCAAGUACCAGUACACCCCUCUGGCCUCCUGCUACUUCCAAAAGGACCAGCUUCGCCUCUCAGAUGGGGCCCUGAGGGAGCUGCAACACAUCGAGGAGCUUCUGAGCAUCACCCAGGAGGCAGACAGGCUCAACAUGCUGAAGAGCAGGUGUGCCAGCUUCUUCAGCAGGUUUGGGUCCCACCUCAACCAGGGACCCCUCCACUUCGGGGGCAUAUUCUGGUGGAAAGCAUCUUCCGAAGGAUUCAGGGAAGAGCAAAGGGAAGAGAUGAAGCAACAAACAUCUGAAGCACUGAACUGCUUUGUCAGGGCAAGCUUCAGCAUCUUUGCUAGCAGUGUGGGAAUGAAUGUGGAAGUUUCAAAAUCCAGCUCACAGGCAUCACUUGGGAGAAGCGAUAGAGGCAGCAGCCACACAGCGAUUCAGCUCUCUGUGACCAACACAGGGGGUCCAUCAGAGACAGAUUGCCUUGCCCAGUGGAAAUGUGGGCUUGUGGCCAGUAACACAACCUGGUGUGUUAUCGACAGGGGCUUUCAGCUGAUCCCAGUGUGGGACAUAAUCCUGUCCAAUCACAACAGUGAUUUUAAAUCCUGCUAUCAAGUGAGCUGCAGCCUCAGGGCUGCAUAUGAAGCACUCACGAAUCACAGUGUUGGCACAGUGUUUGGAGAGGAACUGGCCAGUGCCGUGGAAGAGGCCAGAGCAUUUCUGGAGCACAUGCAGACCUGGGAGAUCACUGGGGAUGAAAGGAAACGGCUCACACUGAUUGAUUUCAAACAGGCUCUGAAUGAAAAAACAAAAAAUCCCAGUGUCUGGAUCAAUGUAUGCCUGACACAUAAGGUAUUGCAGGAGUUCCUGGUGAAUACUGUUCUGUUUUGCCAAAAAUCGCCUCCACAAAACAUCAUCUACAUCAAAUCUCUGCUGCAGUGCCUGCUGCAUCCUCACAUCUAUUCUGUUAAGGACUUCCCUAAGGCUUCCUUCAUUAUGCAAUGGAUUUUCAACACUGAGCACACGUUUCCCAAAACUCCCAAUAUUUCUCAGAUUCAGGAUCUCAUCAAGACACUGCAGCAAAUGAAGGAGCACAUUCAGGAAGUCACCUACUCCCCAGCCACCUCUGUAUCUGCCAUUCAUGAAGCAAAGAUCAAAACCACCCUGACUAUAAGCCUGGCUGUUUAUUCUUUGCUCCAGUAUCUGCAGGAAAGGGCAGAGAAAGACAGAGAACUCUUAGUGCUCUUAGUUACAACCACGAUAGGAUACCAAGUAGAAAGCAGCACUUUUCAGUACCUCCUUGGUUGUCCAGAAAUUAACUUCAUGGCCAAGGAAAUGCAAACAGCAUAUGAUGAGUAUCAGAGCCUGAAGGAGCAGGAUGUUUACAGAGCCCAGGCCUUCCUGCUCUUCACAGGCCUCACCAUAACAUCUGAAAGCAGUGAGGUGUCCCCUGAGCAGAAGACUGACCGCUUAGUGUUCAUGGAAGAGAAGAUGAAGAACUCAUGGUGUGCACAGAUAGAAGAUCUCCUCAAGAGACAGAAUGCCUUCAGAGACUGGGAGGGGCUGGAAAGAGACUUGCAAUCCUACAUCAGUGGGCAAUUGGAGGACACCUCUGUUGAUCUGAAGAAACACAGCAUAAUCAAAGACAUGGAAGAGACUUUGCAAGGAAUACCGCCUUGCAGUCCAUCCAAACCCCAGUCAGAUGACAGCCAAUCCAAAAGUAAUCAAGCCAGUGCAAACCCAGAGUUCCUCAACUUACUUAAGCGCCUUGGGCUAGAAAGAUACUAUCCAAGAAAAAUGGGGUCGGAAGACUUCCAUGUCAUACACAAGACAUCUGUACGUGACAGCCAGCCCAGCAAGGAGAGUGAACUCCCAUUUUACUUCCUUCAAAAGCUAUUGUGUGUGGACUACAGCGUGAGGUACCUGACUUGCAAGGACGAGAGUAAGCCAGAAGUCACUCCUGCACCCAAAGCCACAGAGGAAGAGCCCUCUGAUUCCUUUGAUGACUUUUUCAAUGAUUUGGAUGAAGGAGCCCCUGAAUCUGCAACCAGGGAGAGCCACGUGCACCCUAUGGACCUCCAGGUGGCCAUUUUUCAUUGUGCCAAUGAUUUCAUGAGGCAGUACAUUGCAUCAAAGCUUGCCUUCUGCCAGUUUGCACUCCCCCUCCUGAUCCCCAACCCAUGCACUUCACAGAUCGAGUUCCCUCUCUGGUCCCUCAGCCAAAUCAAAAAGAGCUGGAAAGGAACAGCAAAAUCAGGAGAGCAGACAGAAAGGAGCAGCUACACAAACAAACUCAUUUAUCAGGCAGAGACACCCAUCGUGUCCUUCAUACGCAUCGGCAGCUCUCCUUCCUCUUCCAAGUCUCAGCUCCUGAACGCUCUGCUGAGCAAACAGAAACACGACACGUUUUUCCAUCGGCAUUGCAAAGGCAGCACCAAAGACUGUUUGCUGAUGAAAGGUGUGGUGGAGAUCUCCUGGUACUGUCCCCGUGGCAGCGACGAUGACAGUUUUGACAGCUGUGUUGCUUUCUGUAACCUGCAUGGAGAUGCCAGGGAUCACGAGCCACAGCUGAGCUUCUUGCAGGAGAUCUCUGCUGUGAACGUGGUUCUCGUUUCUGAGUCUGAUCAGAGUGAUAAGAAAGGCAGAAAAAUUUUACAGGACCUGUGGCAGUCUCAGAGGCCCUUGGUUUGUCUUUUCACUGAGAAAGAGAACAUUGCAGCUGGCCGAUCUAGCCAGAACAUAAGAAUAGGUAUCAAGAACAGGAACGAAGCAGAAUUAAUGGGCGAGCUGACAAAAAGAAUCCGAGAUCUCCUGGAGGGCUCAAGCACACUCUCUAGCCUCGAUAUGUGUCUGGGCACAGCUCGCCAGCACGGCUUCCUGGUUGAUGAAGAUGCAGAAGCAUGUGCGAUAGCCAAAAAAAAGGCAAACGAGCUGGUGAAGCUGCUGAAGGAAGAGAAUCUCUCUGAGAUCAAAUCAAAGCUACUGCCUCUUCAAGGAGAACUGUGGUACAAUUGGUGUAAAAAGGAUAAAGAACUCACUCGCUUACAGGAGAAGGGGAACAAGAGCAUAGAACAUCAUAGGAGCCAAAUUGAACGUUAUAAAUCUGAAAUAAGAAAAAAGCAACUGAACAAAGCAUUUCCCCUCAAUCAGCUGAUGAAAUCAUUCCUUGGCUUUCUCCAGUCACAGCCAGUCAACACCAAGAAAUUCUUCCUGCAGUGGAUGAAGAUAUUCAUGGACGACCUGUCCUCCGAGCGCCUUGAUGAACUGAAGAGAGCGUAUCAUCAGUUAUGGUCUCAAAUCCUGGCAAUAAAGAAAAGCAAUGAAGAAAACAAUCCCAAAACUGUAAAGACGGAAACAUUAGAUUCCCUUUCCAAUGAAAUCAAUGAUUCAUCCAUUGGCCUUGAGCAUAUUUUGAGAGAGGUAGGGCAGAUUUACGAAGCACUUGAGUCAACGAGCUCCAAAGAUGCAUGUAUUCUCAAACUACCUGAAAUUGCAGCUGAUCUGAUGGUUUCAGGGCAUCCCAUUGAGCUGAUGGAUGGUGACGCUUCUUACGUACCCUUACAAUGGGUUGCAGCAAUCUUUGACAGGUUAAUUGAGAAGUUAGGUGACAAGCGAGUCUUUGUCCUCUCCGUGCUUGGCAUCCAGAGCACAGGGAAGUCAACCUUACUGAAUGCUAUGUUCGGUCUCCAGUUCAAUGUCAGUGCCGGCAGAUGCACCCGGGGAGCUUUUAUGCAGCUCGUUAAAGUGGACGAGGAACUGCAGCAGGAUGUGAACUUUGAUUACAUGCUGGUUGUGGACACGGAAGGUCUUCGUGCCAUAGAGGUAGCCAAUAAGCACUCCCUGAAUCAUGACAACGAGCUGGCCACCUUUGUCAUUGGCAUUGGCAACAUGACUCUGAUCAACAUCUUUGGGGAGAACCCUUCCGAAAUGCAAGACAUCCUUCAGAUUGCAGUGCAGGCUUUUCUGAGGAUGAAGCAAGUCAAGCUUUCCCCAAGCUGCCUCUUUGUACAUCAAAAUGUGGGCGCAAUAACAGCGAAGGAACAGAACAUGGAAGGACAAAGGCGUCUGCAGCAGAAGCUGGAUGAAAUGACAGUGACAGCAGCCCAGCAGGAAUUCUGUGACAUCACCUGCUUCAGUGAUGUCAUCCGCUUUGACGUGAACACCCACAUUCAUUACUUUGCUCACCUGUGGGAGGGUAACCCGCCAAUGGCACCACCCAACCCCACCUACAGCCAGAACGUCCAGCAAUUAAAGAGCAAAAUUCUCCUUGCUGCCAAGAAGGAAUCUCCGGGCAGUGUUCUGAGGCUCUCCAGCUUGAAAGUUCGUAUUAGUGACCUGUGGAAUGCCUUGCGGAAUGAAAACUUCAUUUUCAGCUUCAGGAACUCAUUGGAGAUUGCUGCGUACAAGAAACUGGAAACCUCCUUUAGUCAGUGGACCUGGAAACUGAGAACAUGCAUCUUUAAAUUGCAAAUGCAACUGAAAAAUAAGGUUCAGAAUGGAGAGCUGGAGAAAAUCACCUCAAAAGAACUUGUAGAACAGGUGCAAGAAACAAGUGAUGCCAUCACCAAAGACGUGGAGAAGUUCUUCAGUGAAGACAGAGACUGUGAGAUACUGAUUCAGUGGAAAAGUAGCACGGAACUGAAGCUGAAAGAUCUAAAAGCAUCCCUUCUUGAUGAAACCAAGAGGAAGUGUGAGAAGCUUCUAGAAGUAAAGAAGAGCCAGAGUAGACUGGAUGAGAGGAAAUCUGAAUAUGAAAGUGAGCUCCUGAAAAAGAGCAGGGAGCUGGCUUUGUCUUUAAAAAGCCAGGAAUUAAGUGAACGGGAAUUGAGGAGGAACUUUGAUUCCCUCUGGAUGACCUGGAUUACUCAAGUGUCUUCUAAUGCUCCCACUCUGGAAGAGGUGAACAUUGAUGUGGAAAUAGAAAAUGUCCUUCUAGAACACUUUAAGGAUUCUAAUAUAGCUGAACGAAUUGGGAAGUUUUCCAUGCUGACCACCUUUUCACUUGAUGAGAAGAAACACAUAUCCAGGAAAAAGGUAUUGGGCUUUAUUCCUUUAAGUUUUGGUGAGUCUGAUGUGAGCACCUUACAGCACAUUACAGACCGCAUCAUAAGGCGUGUGAAGGAAAACAUUGACCAGAAGGUAAAGGACAAAAUGGAUUACAGUCACACUUUCAUUCAUGAAAUACUAAAUGAAGUACAGGAAGGUAUGAAAGCUCUCCCUAGCUUGGAAAAAUGUCAUUUUACAAAAGCUUACGAGAUAGAUCUUUCAGUGUAUCUGUGCAGAAUGGCAGCAGCCAGGUUUAAAGACAUGCACACAGCCUUUAGGAAAGCAAAUGACCCAGUAAUCUACCUACAAAGCAAGAGAGAAGAUUUCUUCACAUGCUUCCAGAUUUCUUGCCAAGGUGCCACUUCUAUCACAACAUUUGCUGAUUUCCUGUGCAGCAAGAUCGACCCAGGUCUUCGCCUGGCCAUCUAUGACAAGACAGCUCUUGUCAUAGCUGAACGUAUGAGGAGCGAAAUACCAGAUUUCAAUGGCAGUAGAGCCAAUCUGGAAGUUUGCAUACUGAAAUACCUGGCACAAGAAGAAAAUUUUGAAAAAUUCAAGCUGUACAUUCGUUCCCCAGCAGACUUUUUGGAGAGUUACAUUCAGACACGUGUGAAGACAUACUGUUUAGAUCAGAACAGUCGACUGGUGAUGUUUUUAAAUGAAACUCUUUCCCAGUACUAUGAAGAAAUUCAGAAAGCUGUGUUUACAUCAACCACAGUUGUUAAAGACAGAAUAGACAGAAAUAAGAUAAUCUCUCUUUGGCUGGAUGAAUUCUGCAGAGAACUUGGAGGGGUCCUAAGAUUGCCCAGGAGUGACCUGGUUGGCAUUGAACAUCUGGAGAUAACAGACAUAGAGUUCCUGAAUAACGCCAUGACGGAGGCACUUUCUCCCCUGAGAGAUCGUCUCAAGGAAGAGUUUGCUCAUGCUGAUUUGAGCUCAUUUGAAAAGCAGCCUCACACAAUACUGCUGGAACACUUUCCAGGGUGCAAGGAGCAGUGUCCAUUUUGUGGGGCAGUUUGCACAAACACUAUGCCAAACCAUGAUGGAGACCACCAGCUUGUCUUCCAUCGUCCAGAAGUUUUGGGUGGAUACAAAUGGCAUGAAACAGACAACCUCGUCAUUGAUAUUUGCUCUAGUCUUGUUGCCAGCAACUGUAGCUUUAGGAUUGGUGAAGACACAUGGAUCCCAUACAAGAAAUACCGAGAUGCAGGAUGUCCUUAUUCCACUUGGAACAUUCUUCCUGAUACAUCCAUGCAAAAGUACUGGAAAUGGUUUGUGUGUCAUUUCAGGGCACAGCUAGAAGAAUUCUACGAAGGUAAAUUUCAUGGCAAAGGAGAAAUCCCUGCUUCAUGGCAGAAAAUUACGAAGCAGCAAGCACUUGAUGAACUGAGGUAGGCUAAUUUGACAUGCAGGAAAAUCUACAACUGCUUUGCAUUUCAGAGGAACAUGACUUAAGGCUCUCCACAAACUCAUGUUGUAACAAUUACCGCCUUCAACAAUUUCAAAAGAACUGCAUCUAACUUCUUGUAGGGCUGGACAAAAUGAGGUGUGCUAUUCCUGCCACUCCUCAGAAAUGCCCCUGCUUCAUGAUAAAGUCAAACUCCUCUUCCUUUCUUGCCAUAAAUGCCCGCAUCAGCUUUGUCUUAGAGCAAAAAAAGAACACAUUUCUGCAGCAACCAUUCAUACAGAUAAAGUUAAAGACUAAGGCAGCAUUGGAAAGUACCAAAUUAUCUGCUGCUAUUUGAAAAUAAAUGACUCUGGCAAAAGAAUAGUUUCCCUGCAGGAAACCUUGUCACACAUAAAGAAAGGACAGUGAUGUCUGAGAGCAGGUAAAUAUUUGUGGGGAGCUAAAAACCCUUUCUUUCUGAACUUAGUACUCAGCUCAGUUAUAGUGAUUUAAUUGCAUGUUCAUUAGGUACCCUUCAUAUGUUAAGAUGUGCUCACAGUCCCAUGAGCUCCUGCUCAGAUCCCCUGGCGAACUUCCCUUCAUCUUGCAGCCAAUCCAACUACAUCUAGCAUGUGCUUAGAUUCUGAGCAAAAGCCCCUUGUAUAACCAACAUAGAGAAUUAGUUAUCUCUGCAGCUUUCUCAGUAGAUAUCAGCAGUGUGUGAUGUCAGCAUUUGUGUUGUGAAGGCAGGUGGGAACUGGGUGCUGGUCUGGAGAACAUCUCACCAGCUCUGCCUGUACCAGCACAGCAGACAGUGGGGUUUGCUGCACAAUUCCUGCAGUACAGUUGAUUCUCCUGGAGACUUUGUGAUUUGUUAUAGUCUUUUGCAGGCUUUGCUAAUAAACUGGUAGAGUUG